AUGUAUGCUUUUCAUAGUGAUGCGGAGAGUGCUGAGGCUGUGAAUGCAUCCAAUGGUCAGAAAGAGGCUCCUGUGGACACCAAGGUAUCCACCAAUGGAAAUGGGACCACGACUACCACAACCACAGCAACCAGUGCUGCUGCUGGACUGAAGACCAGGCUUUCCAAGUUUCUCCCUUUGCCUGGAAGUAAGAAGUCCAAGGAUAAAGAUGGGAACAAGCAUGAAAAGGUCCCUUUGGAUGCUGUGAAGACCACUGAUGUUGAGGCUGGAUUGGAUGCUGCCAAAACUGAGGGAGAAGAUGGAGAUAAAAAGAAGGAUCAUUCUUCAUUGAUCUAUGCUGACUUGGACCUGAUCAAGAACACCACUGAUGGACCCGGAGAGAAGAACACCAUCAUUUCUUCUGAGAAAACUGAAUACGCUGAAAUUGUUGGCACUGUUAACGAUGGCUCUGCUAAGAAAUAACUUACAGCUCUUGACAACACCUUUCGUGACUAAGAAAAGACAGAUAUUAAGUUUCUUUCAACACCGACGAAAUGAUUUUUGAAUAAUGAGACAAUUUCGAAAGAAAAAAGCUCCUUUGGGUUGUGCUUCAGCUACAUUUUGAUCAAUUUUCUUGACUCUUCUGGAAGAAAAAACAAGAAGCAUGGUAUUGCGGCUAUUUCGAGCAGGUAUUAUUUAAUACGUUGUGAUCUUUGAUAUUUCCUCGCGUUUAUUUUUACUUUUUGGGCGACGGUUUUAGUACGUGGUUAGAUCAAGAACAGGGUUCAACAUAAGAUCAGCUCGUGCUGCCCGUCAGCAUGAGGCAGCUUUAGCGGAAGAUCGAGUGUGUUUUUUUCCUUUUGCGUAAGUGUUGACAGCGUGUGUGACUGGGAACCGUUGGGUUUCAGUUCAAGUUGAAUGAGCGACACUCGGGAUUUCGCAAAACUUCAGCGAGUUUUGGCGAUCCGAAGGAGUUGGAAGAUGUCGCCUCUCCUUGAUCUUUUUCCUGGAACCAACUCGAGUAGAUGUCGUUGCGAAUUGGUCGUGAAUGGCUUCAGUAUCUUUUUUGUUUUACAAUUGCGAGUGCGAUGGGGUGGAUGACGGUCUCAAGACCAAGAAGGCAAUUUUUCUUGUGGUGUUUCUUUUUUUUUUUUCAAAAUUUCUUUGGAAAAGGUUUACUGUUUGUCAUUGUGCCUUUUCUACUGUACUUUAAAGGUAUCUUAUUUACUUGAAUUCAAGAUGCACUUUCCUGGAAAAAGUGGCCCAAAUGGUGUGUUCCAAUUUGUUCAAUGGGGAGCAUAAUCAUUCAAGAUCUUGAAAGGUGUCAGAAAUUGAAUUCAACGCAUGCUAACAACGAUGAUCGGUUCAGAGGCACAAGAGUCUGUUUGAAACUGGUAAACAAAUGUAUCGGGACAAAUUUAAAGAAAAGUUGAAUUUAAUUUUUGGGAACUUGGGACGCAGAGGUGCAUCUCAUGUUUUCAAGUAAAUUUAGUAUUUAAAAUUUGAAAAAGAGGGACCCGGAUUUUUGGCUCAGGGAAUUCGAAAAGUAACGAAUAUUCCGCGCGGUUUAGCGGGUCAAUUUACGAAAACCUUUCAUUUUCAAAAUUUCGUUUUUUUUCUUUCCUUCUUGGAAAAAAGCUAUUUGUCGCAGCACCCGACUCUGUAAAAGGAGAACUUUUCCGAAUGCGGUAUCUGAAGGCACGAAGUCGUGAGAAAUAAAAGCGACUAAAAAAUUGUCGCCAAAAUUUCACAAGGAAAACA